AUGAAGAGGAAAAGUUUCAAUUGUCCGAAGCCGAGGACGGCUUCAAUGGUGAAAUUCUACUGUAAGACUUCCAAACUCCGAGAGAGUUUGCCCAACAACCGGCUAUCCCACACGCGGUGCGACCGCUGCCGUCAGUUCGGUCACGUGAGCCGCUUCUGCAUCGAGCCUGUCAAGCCCAUCAUCUUCUACAUGUAUGGAUACCACGGUCACCGCGAGAGCAGGUGUCCUGAGCGCAAGUGCUUGAAUUGUGGAAGAGAGAGUGACAUCUAUGUGGAGAUGUGCGCCGAAUGUCAUUGCGCUAUCAGCGAAGGCAUCCUCUACUGUGCGAUCUGCAACAGUCUCACGCACCACACCCAUCUCUGUCCCAACCUGUGGAGAGCAUUCCAUAUGACUACAACAUCGGGCCCCCUAAUGGUGCCUCACACGGACAUGAGACGACGCAAGUUACACUGUUCGAACUGCGCAUGCGAGGGUCACAUGUUCUACGAAUGCCGCAACACGUUCCACGUGUUCCUUGGCCAAGCUAACCGUUUGAAUACUGUUCCUUAA